UCCUAUUGGUGGAAACCAGUAGGAAGAGAGAAACGGAACUUGCUCCUAGAGCUGUCUAAAACACCACUAGAGCUGCCUGCAAUUCAGUCAUCUCCAACAACAAACUCUCCAUCUCUACAAAUCAUCAAAAAUACCGCGUCCGUUUCUCUCUCGCCGUCUGUGGGCUUUCGGCGGAGUCAGAUCUAAUCUGAGAGCUUUUUGGGAGAACACUUCAUCCCAAAGUUACCGGAAAUACAGCUCAGAGGGCAUCGGUGUAAGGAUGGCUGCGUACAAACUGGUGAUGAUCCGCCAUGGAGAGAGUUGCUGGAACCAAGAAAACCGCUUCUGCGGCUGGUUCGAUGCGGACCUCAGUGAGACCGGGGAGCAGGAGGCAAAGAGGGGAGGACAGGCCCUGAAAGAUGCCGGCUAUGAAUUUGAUAUUUGCUACACUUCUGUCCUAAAGAGGGCCAUCCGUACCUUGUGGUUUGUUCUGGACAGCAUCGACCAGAUGUGGCUGCCCGUCCACCGAACUUGGAGGCUCAAUGAACGCCACUAUGGAGGCCUGACGGGGCUGAACAAGGCAGAAACAGCAGCCAAGCAUGGGGAUGCUCAGGUUAAGAUUUGGAGGCGUUCCUUUGAUACUCCUCCCCCACCCAUGGAUCAGGAGCAUGACUUCUAUCAGGCCAUAAGCAAGGACCGACGUUACGCUGAUCUGACAGAGGAUCAGCUUCCCACCUGUGAAAGUCUCAAGGACACCAUUGCUAGGGCACUCCCCUUCUGGAAUGAAGAGAUCGUUCCACAGAUCAUGGAGGGAAAGAGGGUGCUUAUUGCUGCCCAUGGCAACAGCCUACGGGGCAUUGUCAAGCAUCUUGAGGGUAUGUCAGAGGAGGCUAUCAUGGAGCUGAACCUGCCCACAGGAAUUCCUAUUGUGUACGAGCUGGACAAGAACCUGAAGCCUAUUGGACCCAUGCAGUUCCUGGGAGAUGAGGAGACCGUCAAGAAGGCCAUGGAAGCUGUGGCUGCUCAGGGCAAAGCCAAGAAAUAGAGUCGUCCUUUCCUAUGGAGGCUUGAGUACAGCUCAGUCAUGUGCUAUACUUCUAUUAAAUUACAAAGAAAAGAAAAAGGUCAUUCAAAGGUUGAAUCAUUGCAGAAUUGUACACAGAUGCAGAAUGUGCACUUUAUUUCAGUAAUACCCAGCUUUCACACAACAUACAAUCUGAUGUUUGAUUUGGUUGCUCUUUACUCUGUGAUACACUGAAACAUGUGUUUCGUUAUUAGGCUAUGGUAUACGGUAUAAACACUGACCAAAAUGUAAAUUUGGGAACAGAGAACAGAAGCAAAUGUAGACUACCGACGCAGAACUAUCCCAAGUAUUCCUUCUUAUUUACAAUCCAUGUAGGCGAAGCUCAGUGGGAACAGUAAAACCUACCAUGUGACACUGGCUGCUGUUUAAAAGGACAGAUUUGUUUGUCCUGCACUGCUGAAUUUUGUUUGCUGUGGCAUUGUGAGAAAACAAAUAAAAGUUGUCAGACUUCA